AUGAGUGAUAUCUCCGAUUCUGAUGAAGAAGAGAGGAGAUCACUCGAUGUGUCACUAAUAUCGAGACAGAUUCUUCAAAGAAAACUAUCACACCUCCCGAAUAGGAAACGACAAGCCUUAGAAAAUGCUUUGGGGAGAUUCAAUACCUCAACUCCGCUCGAUGUACUAGCUGAGGAAGAUGAAGUUGUUGAAGAUAGCGAUAAGGAAGCCCUGAUGGAAGUGGAGCACAUACACAGCGGAACCAGCCCAAAACCUUUGGAAACCGUUCCUAUACAUUUUGAGAAUGAAGAAAAUGCAGGGCACCUACAGGCGUACAUUAACUCCAAGUACCUGACUUUUGUGUCCGAAAGGAGUUUGAGAAAACGUAACUUUGCUAGUACGCAUCCUUACUUAUCAGAUCAAGCAUCCUAUUUGGGACUAGCAGAUGCACACGAGUUGAACUCUGUGUAUGAAGAGAAUGGCCAGAACCUUGAAGCUGUUGUGAAACUUUUAAAUUACAACUAUUUGAGGCUAAAGAGCAAAUACCCUAAAGAUGAAAAAUUCAAGCAAAAAAGUUUUUACGCCAUCAUAGGGAAGCAAUCAAAGGAGGCUCAACAAGAGGAACAACAAAAAGAGAGGGGGAGUGUAGGGUCAGGUUUCAAUGGCGAUGUCGAAUUUACAAAUGAGAUGAAUCCAAGUACCCCCACUUUAGACCAGCAUUUAGAAUCUUCCCAAUUACUGGAUGAUGUGGCAUAUGAUGUCAACAACUACGAGUCCGAGGCAGACAUUGAUUUAGAUACUGAGCUGUACUCUAGUUCUGAUGAAGAAAAUGAGAAAGAAAAUUUAUAUGUCAGGGUUGGUGGCCGAUACAGAAAGGAAAAAAAUGCUUUGAAGGGAAUAUUACCUGAAUCUGCUAAGCACCUACCUAUAUACCAAGCAAAAUUUUCACGGCUGGUUCAAAAAGCUAAACCCCAGCGUGCAUUCAAAAGGGGAGUUGCCAUCAAGAAAAUAGGGAGCAGGAAUCGCUCAUUUCGGUUGCAUGAUGAUUUCGAGGACACUUUUUUAAACGACGAUGACGCUGAAUACGUAUCACCCGAAAAUUAUGUUACGAAUGACUUGCUAGCGGAGCAACAUGAUUUAUCGCAAUCUCGUGAAACAACUUUGUUUCACGAUUCGGACAUAUCAGCUAGCUCUACAUCAGAGACGGAGUCAGACAGUGAUCUAGAUCUAUUUUCAUUCAACGACGAUGAGCGUUAUGCCUUACAGAAUACGAACGAUGUUUUGGGUGAAGCUCUUGAGAAUGACGUAAUCGACCGUAUGCUCACAUCCACUGCGCACUCAAGGCUGGGACGAAUAAAAUUAACGCCAAAGAUCAAACCCGGAAGCAGAGGCUAUCCGUAUGACAUUGGUAGACAAAACGGGACUCAUGUGACAAGCAAGAAUUCAGCUCGGAGGUCGAUAACUCGUACUGCCAGAAGAAAGUCGAGUUUGGGUCAUGCUAGAAAGCAGCAUGAUGAAAAUAUUACUUGGACUGCACGCUCUGGGUAUAAUACGAUUGAUAACUUCGCGUCAUCAGUUGACGAGAGAUCCAGUAUGAAUGUAGCGGAACAUUCACUAGGGGAUGUGGCUGAAAACGAGAGAGCGCCUACUGCUCGUGUUGCUUCGUUUCAAAGACAAGCUAAACCCAAGUCCUUCACUAAAGCACUAUUCACAGGAACUCGUAAGCUUAUUAAAAAGAAAGAGAAAAACUGCGUUGCCAAUCAAGGAUUGAUCGAAAGCUAUUUCGGACCGUCAACUAUAGGAUCUAGAAGCCGCGGUGAUCGAGCACCACUUUUAGCAUCUGUUGACAUUGAGGCUGAAAGUCGUGAACAAGGAUUUUAUCAGUUACGAAAGCGACCAAAAGUUUUCAAUCAUUAUUCCAAUGAUCAAUUGCAGUUGUCUCAUGAACCUACGUUUGCUCCAGGAUGUUUACUCAAUGAUAUUGAAUUGAUGAAACUCGGUAAUACCGGGGACGGUAAAACAUUCCAUCGUUUUGAAGAUCCAAUUUCAGUUGUGUUCGAAGAGAAGCAUUUCCAAUUGUCCUUGCUUGACAUUGAUGGUUCAAGGGAGCUGGCAGACCAGUUGUGCUUGCUUUUGAAUUCAGAGAUUGUUCGGGGUACAAUUCGUAAACGGGACUUUUACCACUGUGUUGGGGCAUUGAUAGCUUGGACCUUGAUUCUCCAACGCUCUCCUUCGGAGUCAGAUUGGAGUUGGGUCAAUACAAUGGUUGCUUCGCUUCGGGACAGUUCAGUGAUGAAACAAAGUGACAAAUUCUUUUGCCUUCCAUACAUGGUUUUACUUCAGUACAGUAUGCUGAUUAUGGGUCUUAUAAAUGAAGGAGUCAGUAGAAGGCAAAAUAUGGCUGUUUAUGGAGUUUCGUACUGGUCUUGGUUUUUUUCCAUGGCAGAAAGUGUUCAAUUUGAGAUGUUGGAUUUUCGUGGAGGUUCUGCAAACAAGCAAGCGGAGUCAUUUUAUGUCAUGUGCAGGUUGUUAGAGUUGCAAGGGGUUUGGUGGUCCUCGAUUUGCAUGUCUGUGCAAAGUUAUAAUAGAUACAACUUUUAUGACCUUUUAGAAAGCGUCUUUUACCUUUGUUGUAUAACGAGAAAACAGGCCACAUGGGAACCAUUGCAAUUGGUUUUUCAAAAGUUUAACGACACUACUGAUUUAGGACUAUACUAUCGGUACAUUGAGAUUGUCUUCAGCAUGAACCGUAUGAGGAAUUGGAAAAUCGAUGAUAAAUUGAUUCUACAGGUGUAUGGAAACAUAACAUCACGAAGGUUUGCCAAUUUUCCAGAUGAGGACUAUUUUCUCUGUGUGCUUUCGCAAGUCAGGUCACGAUUUGAUAUACCAGGAGAUUCGUUCUUUAAUAGGUUUUUGCAAUUACUAUUUUGGCAUAUUUCAUCACUAACAGAUGGUUCCCAAGUAAAGCGACUUGUAACGAAGUUGCUAUCAUUCAACACAACACAAUACUCAAACUCAAAAGAGCAGCGGGCCAUGUUUUGCAAUAAAUUUAACUUGUUGAUCUUGUUGAGUCUGAUUUCUAAGACCAAUUUGAGGACACAAGUGGAGAUUCUCAUAUCAUCCCUCAAUGACAUUACCGACUUAAGCUUUCUCAACCAAGCAGUGGAAGGAAUUAGCGUUGUGUUUGAAAUCGCCUUGUCUAAAGGGGCUAGACUUCCAACAGAGGGUGUGGAUAUAAUGACAAGCAAGUUAGCAUCGAUGGCGUUUUCCACUCCCGGGGUUUUGAAAUUGUGGAAAAAGUUUCUACGCUUUUUGAGAUCCCGAAUUGAAAAGUCACAAGUAGAGCCACCGAGUUUGAUUCAGAUGUUAUUACUAAUCAAGCAAAUGAAAGUGGAGUUGCCAAUAAAACUCAAUAUAGAUAUUGCCGGAAUCGGUAUGUCUAUUGGUGAGCAGCUCCUUGCACUCAAAGGAAAGCUAAGGAAUCCCUUGGUGAUGAAAAGUCUCAACACCGUGAAAGAGAAAUCACUUGACACUGCCAGUUCGUAUAUGCACAGGCUAGCGAAUGGCAAUGAGUUUUCAGAGAUGAGUGAUAAAUUGAUUUGUGAUUGUAUCACAAUCUGGAUUUUGGUGUCUCACCUUUUGGACGAGAACGGGGAUAAACUAGUGCUACAAACAUAUCCAUUUAUAGGGAACGAACUGGUGCGAGGUCGUUAUGUUUUCCACUUUUAUAUGGAAGUGUCGAGGUUUUACAAUUUGAAUAAUUGCAAGCAAUCUGUUGUUGUCAAUGUCAUUCAAGGAUUGGCCUCUUUUAAGACACCUUUACGACUUUUUGAAUUUAUUGAUCGCUUGAGCGGUUUAGGAUGGGUGUUAUUUUCCUUCCAUAGGUUGAGAAAUGUGCCUGAUAAUGACUUGAUCAGCACUAAAUUCGGUAUCUUGAACAACAUGCUCAAUCGCUCGAGUACUUGUGACUCGCCGAGUGAAUUGAAUAUGAUGGUUUAUGAGGUGCUAAAGAGUAUCAAGAGGGAAAGUAACAAUUGCAGUAAUGCUGCAUAUAAGGACUCUUGUAUUACCUUGUUCAAAGAAAUGACCUUUUAUACCCUUGAUAAUAGAAAUGGGGCCCUUUUAACUGAAAUAAGAUCAUUGUUGGGUGUCGAAGCAGAGGUGGUGAACAAUGCGCAUCAGCUACACCACGAUUUUAAUGAUGGUCUUGAGCUAGACGACGAGUUUAAUCUGGGUGAGCAUGAACCCCAUGUUCUCGCCAGCAUGGAAGAAUGUAAUUCCAGAUUGCGUGGUUUGAUGGAAAUGGAAGACAAGAGCGAAGUCGGAAAGUGGAAAAGUAUUUACAAAAUUUUGUUUAAGUACAACCUGGCUAUUUUUCGACAUCGGUCCCAGUUUUCGACCAAGACUUUCAUGGAGGUAUUCAAUAUUUUCAAGAAUGCAUUGGAUGACGAAAGUACUUUUGGGGAGGCAGAAGAGUACAAGGUUCGUGCAUUUUCCCAAAUUUGUGCCAUAUUGGGUUCGACUCGGCAUGUUUUGUUUGAGGGUUAUUGGGUGCCUUCAGAUUUAGAGUUUAUGUUCAAGGAGUUUGAACAGAAAUUAAGAAAGGCUUUCCCUUUUGUGGCUACAUCGAUUCCAUCAGAGAGUAGUGUUGACGGUGGAAAGCUUGACCCAGAACAGGAGCUUAUUCAAGUGUUUCGCCAAACAUUCUCCGGCUACACAACUACAACUGACGAAGUAUAUACCAAAUUUGAUCUUGAAUUUUAA